UGUGUGUGUGUGUGUGUGUAUAGACAAAGUUUUGCUAUGUUGCCCAGGCUGGUCUUGAACUCCUGGGCUCAAGCGGUUCUCCUGCUUCAGCCUCCCAAAGUGCUGGGAUUACAGGCAUGAGCGCCUGUGCCCAACCUAUUUUUUUUUAUGCUGGUUGCCGCCCAGUAAUUUGAUGUCAUGCCUCACCAGUGGGUCUGGAUCUAGUCUCUGAAGCUGUGCAGUAAGGGACCCCGUAAGGAUGGGCCUGGUCCUGUCCCCGAGAGCCCUGUCCCCUCUAGAUGCCUCUCAUGUGGUCUCUAAAGCUUCAGGACAGUUCUGUCAGAAGUUGCAGCCUGGUCUUGGCUGUGCUGUGGGGAGUUCAGGAGGGGCUGCUUGUACUGGAGGGGAAGUCAGAGCAGAGCCCUUCUCUAAAGCCACAGUGGCAGUUAAGACAGGACAUGGAGGGCAAGUGCCUGGCAGUUCAUCCUCUCCAGCAGCACACAAAGGUUUGAUGAAUCAAGAACAGCAGAGUGCCUGGGACUGGGGCUAGUGGUAGGCUCUGCUCUGGGGCCUCACUUACUCACCCCUUCCCUAAUCACCCCGGAAAAAUGAAGUUCCUGGUCUCUAAAGACCCCUUCAAAGAACAAACAGGCCCUGGAACGAAACCUGGAACUCCCUUGGGGAGUGGAGAGACUCAAUGUGGCACCAUCUAUGUGAUGCUCAUGUUGUCCUGUGCUGGGGUUGAUGGGCAAGCUCUUCUCCAGGGCAGAUGCAAUUCAGGCGACUCCUGUGAGACUCUGAAAGUCCACCUCCCCUCUAUACCUUACCCUGGAGCAGCACUGUCAGGGUGAUGGGCAUCUUCUUAGGGGUGAUGUCACUCGGUGGCGGCUGCUUUGGUCAGCGUUGGAGCGUUGUGUUAGCAGGGGGCUGAGGAGGAGGCUGGCAGGAGAGCCAAGAUGACUUCAGCCCCUAAAAUUCUCAGUCAUGACUGGGGCAGGGUGGAAUCGAAAUGCCCUCCCUGUUUAAAAAAAAAAAAAAAAUCAGGGCCAGGUUUGUCCACUCAUUCAAUAAUAUGUCUAGAACUAUUAUGUGGCAGGCACAGGGACAUACAGAGAUGUCCAAAGGCAUGGUCCCUGCUCUCCGGGAGCUUCUGGUCUUAGCAGGGGACACAGUCACUAAGUCAACGAGAUCCUAUUGGAUAGUGACAGGUGCUCUGAGGGAAUAAGAUGAGAUAAUGGGAUAGAAAGUGGCUGGGCUGGGACUGGGGGCUACUUUGGGUGGGCAAUAAUAACAGGCCUUUUUGAAGAAAUGGCAGUUGAGUUGAAAUGGAUGAAAAGAUGCAAAGAUCCACGCUUUCCCAAAUGACAGUUUGAGAGCAAAAUACAGGUUCCCAGCCCCAUCUUAGAUUUCGUGAAUGAAAAUUUUAGGGGCAGGGCCUAGGAAUUUGCCUUUUUUUCUUCCACAUGAUUCCCAUGCACUUUGAAACCAGACACCUUCCUUGGGGCUUUUACUUUAGAAUCACACUGAUGCAUUUCAGGGUACCUUCCAGUUCCCCGAGUCUGUGGCUUAGGGAAGGGAGCCUCUUUGUGUGUGAAAGCCAGGGGUAGGGAGAGGAGCAGGACUGCUUGUGGUCAGAUUGCAGGAUGCAGAAAAUAAGCGUGCGCAGCUCCUCACCACACCGCGCUCACCCAGGGCCCUGCGUCUUUGGCUGUCAGGAGUUCUAAACCUGCCCCGGGGAGGCCCUCCCUCAUCCCACUCCCACUCCUGUUGAAUUCCACAUACUGAGAGGGUUGCAGUCAUAGCUGCAUGGAUCAGUUCUAUUUCUUGUGCGUUGGGAACCAUUCCAAACAGUUGGUACAUGCGCACUCUCCAGGCAUAUUUUUAGGAUCCUAGGGUGGGUUGCCCUGUGUCUCCCCGCCCCCACCCCGUCUGCCCCGCACCCCCGCACCAUCCGCCCUGAGUGUGGGAGGGAGGUAGGUCUUCAUGCUGCCGGCACUCGGGACCUGCCUGACCACCGACUCCGCCGGAGUGUGGGCUUUGAAACCUGCAGCAGCUGCCGCAGUAGAAACGCGCAUUAGUCACAGCAGACACCAGCAGCCUCAGGUGGGACAAUUCUUGUCUCUUCCAGCCUGUCGGGGAGGGGCCACGGCUCCCGCCCCCCACCCCCUGCCCACGGAGCAAGAAUGUGUCUCCCUGGCAGGAGACCUGGCGCGAGGUGAAUGGAGAAACCUGUUGUGUCCCCUUCCUUCCUCCCCUGGCCUCAGUUCCCCAUCUAUUCAAUAGGAAGAACCCUUUGGGAUUUCUUUGCGAGGAGAGAAAGGGGAAUUUUGCUUUAAACGGAGCUCUUCCCGGCCGUGCGCGGUGGCUCACGCCUGUAAUCCCAGCACUUUGGCAGGCCGAGGUGGGCGGAUCACCUGAGGUCAGGAGUUCAAGACCAGCCUGGCCAACAUGGUGAAACCCCGUCUCUACUAAAAAUACAAAACUUAUCACGCCUGUAGUCCCAGCUACUUGGGAGGCUGAGGCAGGAGAAUCGCUUGAACCCGGGAGGCGGAGGUAGCAGUGAGCUGAGAUCGCACCACUGCACUCCAGCCUCGGCGACAGAGCGAGGCUCCGUCUCAAAAAUAAAUAAAUAAAUAAAUUUAAAAUAAAAUAAAAAGGAGCCCUUCCCCCUUUCACUUCCUCUCCUCCACGAUCGCUGCUUUCAGCUGGGCAACAGCACAGCGCGGUCCUGCGCAUCCGGGGGGCUGCGCUCCCAGACCGGUGGCUGGGGAGUAGGUUGCAGGGGUGUCACUGUGUCAGGGGAGGAGGAGGAGGAGGAGGAGGAAGAAGAGGUAGCGGCAAGGUCGCGGUCUGAGGUUCCGGUGCUCGCCGCCGCCCAGCUCCCAGCCGAGGCUUUCUCAACCGCGUCAAUAAAAGGCCGCCCCGACCCGCCCCCGCGCCCCGCAGCCCUGCUGGACACCCCGGGCUGCAGCUGAGCGGGCGCAGACGGGCCGAGGCGGGCGCCGAGCGCGCAGGGACCGAGGGACCGAGUGCUCCCCAUGAGCGCACGUGGGCCGGGCGGUCCGCAAGCCCGGCUGAGAGCGCGCCAUGGGGCAGGCGGGCUGCAAGGGGCUCUGCCUGUCGCUGUUCGACUACAAGACCGAGAAGUAUGUCAUCGCCAAGAACAAGAAGGUGGGCCUGCUGUACCGGCUGCUGCAGGCCUCCAUCCUGGCGUACCUGGUCGUAUGGGUGUUCCUGAUAAAGAAAGGUUACCAAGAUGUCGACACCUCCCUGCAGAGUGCUGUCAUCACCAAAGUCAAGGGCGUGGCCUUCACCAACACCUCGGAUCUUGGGCAGCGGAUCUGGGAUGUCGCCGACUACGUCAUUCCAGCCCAGGGAGAGAACGUCUUUUUUGUGGUCACCAACCUGAUUGUGACCCCCAACCAGCGGCAGAACGUCUGUGCUGAGAAUGAAGGCAUUCCUGAUGGCGCGUGCUCCAGGGACAGCGACUGCCACCCUGGGGAGGCGGUUACAGCUGGAAACGGAGUGAAGACCGGCCGCUGCCUGCAGAGAGAGAACUUGACCAGGGGCACCUGUGAGAUCUUUGCCUGGUGCCCGUUGGAGACAAGCUCCAGGCCGGAGGAGCCGUUCCUGAAGGAGGCCAAAGACUUCACCAUUUUCAUAAAGAACCACAUCCGUUUCCCCAAAUUCAACUUCUCCAAGAGCAAUGUGAUGGAUGUCAAGGACAGAUCUUUCCUGAAAUCAUGCCACUUUGGCCCCAAGAACCACUACUGCCCCAUCUUCCGACUGGGCUCCGUGAUCCGCUGGGCUGGGAGCGAUUUCCAGGAUAUAGCCCUGGAGGGUGGUGUGAUAGGAAUUAAUAUUGAAUGGAACUGUGAUCUUGAUAAAGCUGCCUCUGAGUGCCACCCUCACUAUUCUUUUAGCCGUCUGGACAAUAAGCUUUCAAAGUCUGUCUCCUCCGGGUACAACUUCAGAUUUGCCAGAUAUUACCGAGACGCAGCCGGGGUGGAGUUCCGCACCCUGAUGAAAGCCUACGGGAUCCGCUUUGACGUGAUGGUGAACGGCAAGGCAGGGAAGUUCAGCAUCAUUCCCACCAUCAUCAACGUGGGCUCUGGGGUGGCGCUCAUGGGUGCUGGUGCUUUCUUCUGCGACCUGGUACUCAUCUACCUCAUCAAAAAGAGAGAGUUUUACCGUGACAAGAAGUACGAGGAAGUGAGGGGCCUAGAAGACCGUUCCCAGGAGGCCGAGGACGAGGCAUCGGGGCUGGGGCUAUCUGAGCAGCUCACAUCUGGGCCGGGGCUGCUGGGGAUGCCGGAGCAGCAGGAGCCGCCCGAGGCGAAGCGUGGAAGCAGCGGUCAGAAGGGGAACGGAUCUGUGUGCCCACAGCUCCUGGAGCCCCACAGGUCUGGCCAUUUGCAGAAUGCACAGGUGAAUUUGGAGCAGCUGCAGACAGUGGAGAUGUAGCCAGGGCUGCUGGCUACCAGCAGUGUCGCUGAAGACUUUGGGGCCAGAACCACCCGCAGCUCUGAACUGGGUAGAGGAGUCUGUGCCUGCAUGAGACAGGGGCUUCCGGGCACAGCCAUCUCUCCUGAACUUUGGGAUCUUGCUGCAAGCUUUUUGCUGAGUGAGGAGGGGAGCCUCCCAAUGGUCAGAGGGGCUCGGACCUAGAAGAGGAGUCCCUGGAGCAGGUGUCCAGGGAAAGGGACAGGCCAGGGCCCUGAGCGGAAGUGGAGUGUUUGGAUUUUCCCUCAACCUGGCUGCACCUUCACUCAUUCAUAUGUGCUGUAAACACGUAUUGACACAUGCUGUGUGCUGGACCCACCAAGAGGUGCUUAAACGAGAUGCUGACCUACCCUCAGGGAGAGGGGCCCGCGUGUAAUUCCUCCAAAGCCAACAGAGACAUCACAGCCAGGCCCAGCCACUCCAGCUGGCCUUCCUCUAGCCUUUAGCAGGGUUUCCGAAAUCCCUGCCGAGAAUGAUGGUUGCUCAGAGAAAGCUCUUGGACAUCACCCAAGGAGACAUUUGGGCUUGCCCCAAAGAUAAAAUUUAAAGGUGGCCAUGGAGGCAACCAGGAAAGGACUGGAGCAGUCAGGAGGCAGCUGGCUCUUAGGGGGGAAGCCAGCUCCUGGGGAGUCUAGGAGCACGUGAAUUGCCUCUGCUUACGUUCAGGCCCUGUCCUAAACCCAGCCGUCUAGCACCGAGUGAUCCCAUGCCUUUGGGAAUCCCAGGAUGCUGCCCAACGGGAAAUUUGUACAUUGGGUGCUAUCAAUGCCACAUCACAGGGACCAGCCAUGACAGAGCAAAGUGACCUCCACGUCUGAUGCUGGGGUCAUCAGGACGGACCCAUCAUGGCUGUCUUUUUGCCCCACCCCCUGCCGUCAGUUCUUCCUUUCUCCGUGGCUGGCUUCCCGCACUAGGGAACGGGUUGUAAAUGGGGAACAUGACUUCCUUCCGGAGUCCUUGAGCACCUCAGCUAAGGACCGCAGUGCCCUGUAGAGUUCCUAGAUUACCUCACUGGGAAUGGCAUUGUGCGUGUCCGGAAAAGGGCUCCAUUUGGUUCCACCCCGCUCCCCUCUGCAAGUGCCGCAGCUUCCCUCAGAGCGUACUCUCCAGUGGAUCCAAGAACUCUCUCUCCUAAAGACACCACCUUCCUGCCAGCUGUUUGCCCUUAGGCCAGUACACAGAAUUAAAGUGGGGGAGAUGGCAGACACUUUCUGGGACCUGCCCAAGAUACGUAUUCUCUGACACUCUUAUUUGGUCAUAAAACAAUAAAUGGUGUCAAUUUCAAACGUGUCCUGAUUUUUUUCUCUUCAUGUUUACCCAUCUUUUUUUUUUGAGAUGGAGUCUCGCUCUGUAGCCCAGGCUGGAGUGCAGUGGCACGACCUCGGCUGACUGCAGCUUCUGCCUCCCAGGCUCAAGUGAUUCUUCUGCCUCAGCCUCCUGAGUAGCGGGGAUUACAGGCGUGCACCACCAUGCACGGCUAAUUUUUUUUGUAUUUUUAGUAGAGACGGGGUUUCACCAUGUUGGUCAGGCUGGUCUUGAACUCCUGACCUUGUGAUCCGCCCACCUCAGCCUCCCAAAGUACUGGGAUUACAGGCAACAGCCACCGCGCCUGGCCCAUUUUUACCCGUAUUUUAAAGGAAAAUGUAAGAAGGCAAGAUCAAAAGAGGCAGACACAAGAAACAAUUAGUAAGCAAUAUAUUCCUCAUCUUGCAAAGAAAAUCAAAUUAUGGAAAUGCUUUAAAUGAGCAACUAUUAAAAUUAUAGACUAGGAAGGAACUGAUAAAACUGGUACUUUUCAUUCAAUUAGUGUAAUCUAACACAACUCUGAAAGUCACUUGGAACCAAAUUUUUAUCCUCUGCUGUAGGAACUUAUUUUCUCAAAACAAUAUAAACGCAGACAUUCAUUGGAGUAUUUUUUAUAGUAGUGAACAUUUCAAACUUACUGCCCAACAAUAGGGAAAUGGUUAAGUACAUCAUCUCGCUUAUCCCUCUUCCUUUUUCCUCCUCUCCCACCAGGCUGAGGACUCCCUCUGCUUCUCCCUUACACCAGGAAUGAAACUUUCCUUCCCACUCAGAGGAGGUUCUGAGAGGACUGAGGUGGGCAAACCAUUGAGGAUCUUCAGUGGGGGCAGAGAAAGGGCUCACUGGGAUGGGGGGCAACACUAUGGCCUCAGCUUCUCCUUGGCGUUGUGUGCAUGUGUUCCUGAAGCCAAAACGGAAUUUAACAGGUCUGGGUCCCAGAUCCAUUUCCAUGACUGGCCGUGGGCUAUCUAUGAUCUGUCAAAAGGGGACUUGGAUUCAAGCUCUCAGAUCCCCUUCCAAUCUAAAACAGAUUCUUUUUUUAAAAAAAAUCCAAAUGUGAUUACAUCACUUCAGACAAAAACUUCCAAAGGCUUCCCCCAUUUGCUCUGAGGAUCAAGGCCAGGGCAAAUGGGAGCUCACUGCAGCCUCAACCUCCUGGGCUCAGGUGAUCUUGAUCUUCCCAUUCCAGCCUCCUGAGUAGCUGGACUACAGGCGCAUGUCCCCACACCCAUUACUGCCCUCUGUGAUCUGGUCUGGGUCUACCCUGUGGCCUCUUCUCUCUCUCUAAAUACAGUCACAUUCCUUCCUGCCCAAUGGCCUGGAAACAUGCGCUUUCCUGAAGGUAACUCCUUCCCCACACUUGCCUAUGUUAUUCAACUUUUGGGUUUCAGAUGUAAUGUUAUUUCCUCAGAGAAGACUUCCUUGACCUCCGUACCCCAACUUGGGCUAGGUCUGCUAUGUCCUCUUCAUAGUACUCACCAUAAUUUAAGUAUUUCUGAAGUUAGGUAAUGCUGGUUUCCCCAGUUAAUGAUAAAUCCAAUGAGCACCAUCAUGUUCAUUACUGUAAUUUGUGUUUUUUUAGACAGGGUCUCGCUGUUGCCCAGGUUGGAGUGUAGUGGCAAAAUCGUGGCUCACUGUGGCCACAACCUCCUGGGCCCAGGUGAUCCUGAUCCUCCCACCUCAGCCUCCUGAGUAGCUGGGACUACAGGCACAUGCCACAUCUGGCUAAUUAAAUGUUUUUUUGUAGAGAUGGGCAUCUCACUAUGUUGCCCAGGCUGGUCUUGAUCUCCUGGGCUCAAGCCUUGGCCUCCCAAAGUGCUGGGAUCACAGCAUGAGCCACUAUACUCAGGCAAUUACCGUAAUUCUAAUGCAAUAAUUAUUCCUCAAUUAAACAAAUGCAUUUUAUUCUUUUUUUUUUUGAGAGGGAGUUUUGCUCUUGUUGCCCAGGCCGGGGUGCAAUGGCAUGAUCUCGGCUCACCGCAACCUCUGCCUCCCAGGUUCAAGAGAUUCUCCUGCCUCAGCCUUCCUAGUAGCUGGGAUUACAGGUAUCCGCCACCACACCCGGCUAAUUUUGUAUUUUUAGUAGAGAUGGGGUUUCUCCAUGUUGGUCAGGCUGGUCUCGAACUCCUGACCUCAGGUGAUCCGCCCACCUCGGCCUCCCAAAGUGCUGGGAUUACAGGCAUGAGCCACCGCGCUCAGCCACAAAUGCGUUUUAUUCUAAAAUAACCCUCCUGACAAGAAAGGAUCAUGGAUUAACACAUGGAGGUGUUUACACCCUAAACCUGCCCAAAGUUCAACUUAAAUGUCCA